UUAAGUGACGUGUAAGGUGUAUUCGUCGGCACCCCAUAAUUUUCUUAUUUUCCAAAAGAAAAAGCUCAAAAUGAGCUCUUUCAAGCGUGAUAAAAAAGAGGAGGAAGAUAGCGGUGGCAAUCCAUACCAAAAUCUUGAUAAAACGAUUGUGUUACAAGAGGCCAGAUAUUUCAAUCAGACUCCAGUAAAUCCUCGAAAAUGUUGCCUGAUCUUGUCGAAAAUCCUCUACUUGUUGAAUCAAGGAGAGAAAUUCACUACACAGGAGGCAACCGAAGGGUUUUUCGCUACAACAAAGCUGUUUCAGUCGAAGGAUGUAAUGUUGCGCCGUAUGGUAUAUUUAUGCAUAAAAGAAUUAAGUACGUUGGCCCAAGAUGUAAUCAUUGUUACAUCUUCUUUAACUAAAGAUAUGACUGGUAAGGAGGAUUUAUAUAGAGCGGCUGCCAUAAGGGCUCUGUGUAGUAUAACUGAUAGCACUAUGUUGCAAGCAAUAGAAAGGUAUAUGAAACAAGCCAUUGUUGAUAAGAAUCCUGCAGUAAGCUCAGCAGCACUUGUGUCGGCUUUGCAUUUGUCGUCCACCGCGCCUGAUUUAGUUCGUCGAUGGGCGAAUGAAGCACAGGAAGCCAUCAGUUCUGACAAUCCAAUGGUGUCUUACCAUGCACUGGGAGUUGUAGCUGGUUCCAGAAAGAAUGAUAAGUUAUCAACUGUGAAACUUGUUACCCGUCUUGCUCGUUCUCCUUUAAAAUCUCCAUAUGCUCUAUGCCUACUCAUUCGUUUGGCUGCGCAACUUGUAGAAGAUGAUGAUUCAGAUGCUUCUCAACCCUACAUAGAAUUUAUUGAAUGUUGCCUCCGCCACAAAUCUGAAAUGGUCAUUUAUGAAGCAGCUCAUGCCAUUGUAAACCUUCGCAAGACUGCAAGGGACCUUGCCCCGGCUGUUUCUGUAUUACAGCUAUUUUGUGGGUCCUCUAAAGCAUCUUUAAGACUCGCUGGUGCCAGAACUCUUGCAAGAUUGACAGCAAAACAUCCUACUGCAGUAGCUGCAUGUGCUGUUGACCUGGAAAAUUUAAUAUCAGAUCCAAAUCGUUCUGUAGCCACUUUAGCAGUUACAACUUUACUAGCAACAGGGGCAGAAAGCUCUGUUGACAGACUUAUGAAGCAAAUAUCGAGUUUUGUGUCUGAGAUUUCAGAUGAAUUCAAGAUAGUAGUUGUGAGAGCUAUAAGACGUCUUUGCACAAAGUUCCCAAGAAAACAUCAAUCAUUAGCGUCAUUUUUAGCCGGCAUGCUUCGAGAUGAGGGCGGUCUCGAGUAUAAAGCAGCUAUUGCCGAUGCUAUAAUUGCGUUGGUAGAAGAAAAUCCAGAUGCUAAGGAGACAGGCUUAGCUCAUCUCUGCGAGUUUAUUGAAGAUUGUGAACACACAGCUUUAGCUGUACGUAUUCUGCACUUAUUAGGUCGUGAAGGUCCAAAAUCUCGUCAACCAUCACGGUACAUACGUUUUAUAUACAACAGAGUUAUCUUGGAGUCUGGACCAGUUCGUGCUGCCGCGGUUUCCGCCGUUGCCCAGUUUGGUGCUCAGAGACCUGAGUUAUUGCCUAACAUAAGCGUACUCCUCGCGAGGUGCCAGUUAGACGAUGAAGAUGAAGUUAGAGACAGGGCUAUUUAUUUCAGUGCCAUCCUAGAAACUGGAGAUGAACAAUUAAUCAAUGAUUAUAUUAUAAAUGUUCCGAAACCAAAUCCAGUUUUGCUUGAAAAGGCUCUGAGAGACCACAUCGCCACACGGCCUGAUGAACCGUUUGAUUUAAGUACAGUGCCUACAGAAGAAGAACCAAAAGAAAGUAAGGAACCUAUUGCAGAGAUUGAAGUGAGGAAACCAGUUCAGGUAUCAAUGGAAGAGUUGUAUUCAGAACAAUUGUCAAAGAUACCAGGAGUAGAGAGAUUGGGACCAUUAUUCAAAACAAAUCAACCAGUUGAUUUGACAGAGGCUGAGACAGAAUACAGGGUUCGUCUGAUUAAGCAUGUGUACAGUAGGCACGUUAUACUGCAAUUUGAAUGUGUUAACACACUUAGCGAUCAAAUACUCGAAGCUGUACAUGUAAGGCUGGAAUGCCCACCUGAUUACGAUGUAAAGGCGAUUACACCAUGUCAAAAGUUGGUAUACGACAAACCGGAUAGCGUGUUUGUCGUAGUGGAAUAUCCACCUGGAAUUUUUGAUACUUUAGCAACAUUUGGUGCUAGUUUGGAGUUCACUGUCCAUGACUGCGAUCCCACAACUGGAAUACCCGACCCUGGAGAAGGCUAUGCUGAUAAUUACCCAUUAGAAGAGUUCGAAAUGGGUUUUGCUGAUCAAAUCCGUGCUAGAGCUGCUGCAGAUGAUUGGGACCAAACUUGGGAGCGUGCAGCAAACGCUCAUGAGGCUACCGACACCUUUGUAUUAUCACAACACGAUAUAAACGAAGCCGCUUUAGCAGUUUGUGAACAUCUAAGUCUACCUAAGAAUGCUAUUAUAGGGGAAGCUGUUAAGGAAAUCCGUGGUGGCGGUAUAUUUAGAGGAGGCGCACCGGUAUUAGUAAGAGCUCGAUUAGCAGGAGGCAGUGCUGGUAUUACUAUGCAGUUGGCAUCCAGGUCCCCUAGAGAGGACGUCGCACAAUUGCUUCUUGCGGCAGUAGGUUAAAUAAGAUUCUGUAUGAUUUUUAUGUCAGUGAAGUCGCUGUUUAUAAUAAAUGCCGAAUUGGAUUAGCCCUGUUUUUAUGGAUGUAACAUGCAGGGCAACCCGUUAUUACUUACUUUAUUUUAGAUGUGUCACUUAAUAUUUCAUAUAAUACUUUCAAUUGUUUAGACAUGGCCUACUGUGGCUAAAGUAGUGAUUAAUACAAAUAAUAAUAUAUGUUACUCCACAUAAAUAAAUAAAAUAAAAAUGGCUUUUAUUUCUUGCCCAUUUAAGAAAAAAUAGUUUUUAAUAUUAUGAAGUAAUGUUAGUGUUUAAAA